ACUGCUCUGUCGGAGUGAUUGGAUAACGGUAAUGUGUCGGUGUAGGUGAGAACUGUGAAGUCGUGAAUUGUUUGCGGCGUUAUCAGAUAUAUAAACACGGAUUUAACAAAUAAUCAGGAUAUUGUCCAGAAAUACGUUAUCUUAUCGUUUGCUUGCAAUAAAUCGAUCAUGUACGUUUAAUAGUGAUCCGAAAUACUGUUAUAUGCUGAGACAAAAUUAAAAUAACUAGUUCUUUGCAAGUUUUUGGGUGAAAAUGCCGUCGGUACAACGGGAAACCACCGUAUCUAUACCACUAACACCAACAAGAUCAGAUUUGUACUGGAGGAGAAUAUUUAACAAGUACGAUAAAGACAACGAUGGGCGGAUAUCAUACGUCGAAUUGAAGCAUAUCAUCGAAUCAAGGGAGUACGACCACGAUCUACCGGACAAUGUAGUGGAGCGUAUCAUGUCGGUAGCCGACCGGGAUAAUUCUGGAUACCUGGAGUUCUCGGAAUUUGUGGAGAUGAUGCACAACCCAGCGCUGAAGGCGGUGUUCGGACACUUCGUGGCGAGAUAUGUCCAUUCCAUUGUGCCACAUCGAGACCCCGUUGAUACUACCGGACGGUGGUCAGGCUUCCGGCCAGUGUCAGCGUCUGAUGGCGACGGCACCUACGAAGAGGAAUACAGCUGCUGGCCCCCAGCGGUGUCCAUGAUCAUCAUAUCCCUUGUUGAGAUCGUCCUGUUUUGCUAUGAUGCUGCGCAGGGCAAGACGGCAGCGACUGGGCCGAUCGCGAAGCUGUUUCUCUACAACCCGAGGAAGAGGCAUGAAGCGUGGAGAUUCUUGACUUAUAUGCUGGUGCAUGUUAACGUAGUGCACCUUCUAGUCAACCUUCUGGUGCAACUGUUUCUCGGGGUGCCUUUAGAGAUGGUGCACAGAUGGUGGCGUGUGGUACUUGUAUAUCUCGCGGGAGUAGCGGCUGGCUCGCUUGCCACUAGCUUGGCUGACCCUAAAGUGUUCCUUGCGGGAGCUUCGGGUGGGGUCUACGCGUUGAUUACAGCCCACAUAGCUACUAUUAUAAUGAACUGGUCAGAAAUGGAGUUCGCUAUAAUCCAGCUGCUCGUUUUCGUGCUGCUGGCGGCGGUGGACGUCGGCACCGCCGUGUACGACCGCUACUGGAAGCACACGCAGCAGAACAUUGGAUACGUGGCACAUUUGGGUGGCGCUGUCGCUGGUUUACUCGUCGGCAUCGGCGUGUUGCGCAACCUCGAAAAGCGAAAAUGGGAGAAGCGGUUAUGGUGGGCGGCUGUUGUCCUUUAUUUUUCCCUUAUGAUAGCCGGAAUCCUUGCUAACAUCUUCUGGGAGUCGCAUUUCCUAUAAAUUGAUCUCGUAUGAGUUGCUCUAAAGAAAAUAUUCGUCGUGACAGAUAGCGUCUGUGUUGCCAGUUACUGAAAGUUAACGGUUUUUGCGUGUUGGUAGCGUGCUAUUUAUAUUGCUUUGCUGUGUUGGUAUUAUGAUGGUGAAUUUUCGGCUAUCGAUUUUUUGUCACAUUCCGCACAUGCUGUGUUUUCGUUACUGAUGAGCGUCCGUAAAAAAUUGUAAACGUAUGAUUUAAAAUGAUAAUAAUUGUAGGAGCAUGCCGUCUCACUUGCACUUAACCAGUCCAACGAUUGCUAUCUCGCUCCUAAUAUGGCGGCGUGCGCGGUUUUAUCAUAGUUUCAUUUAGUCAACUUUUCCAAUAGAUUUUCAUUCUAAGCCACAAAUUGUAAAAAAUUAAUGGUCUCUUUAUGACCUCCAACAUAACUUAUGUAGCAAUGGACCAUCUGUUAAUUUUUCAGUAUGAUAUAGAAGAUUGGUAUAUUAAUGAAACAAAAUCUUCAAAUAUCCUAAUAUCAAUUAAAGUUUAUAAGUUUUCAAUUAUAAUUAGCUAUAGUAAUUUCAAUCAAUCAUUCUAUGAACUUCGGCAGCUAGAAAAAUUGAGUUUUCACAUUUAAAAUUAUAGGUAACUAUUGAAAAGUAAAUUAUAAUAAAAGACUGUUAAAUUAUGAGCUCUUUACAUUAUUGUGAUUUUUUCUAUACAGUCGCACAACUAUUUAUAUUACCUUUAAAUAAUUUAGAACAAUUUCUUGUAUACUACACUUGUAUACAAUUAUACAUAAAUGUCAAUGUCCCUAAGUGCCUAUUUUUUGUAAUAUAUUUAUUUAUUUUUUGUAUGUCCGCAUGUAAGAGUGUUUUGCUCACGUGUAUUAUAACUUUUUGAUGUAAGUAUUGUUAAUGUAAUGGAUGGUUUUAUGAAUGUGACUUCAAAAUAGUUGCGAUUAAAUUCAGUAUUUAAGAUAAGUGUGUGCUUUUUUUAACUCGAUUUUGUACUAAUUAUUGUCAAUAUAAUAUGAAAUAUGAGAAGCCAACAACAAGUUAAGUUUUAAAAAAAUGCAGUACGCCUUGUAUAAUUGAAUGAAUUUAAUGGACGGUUCUAAUGAUUUAGAAGAUUGUCUAAUAUAAUAUAAUAUUAUUGUAUUGCCACAUACAUGUUUAAAAGGAGAAAGAAAGACUAGUAUGUGUAAUGUAAAUUAAAAAGAUUGAAAACUAAUUUGAAGUCACAUAAUAAAAAUUAAAUAUACAGUAUUGAUAAUAUUAUAUUACUUUAUGGGCCUAAGUGUCGGAAUAUGUAAUGGUAGCAAAAAUUGUUUUACAAAAUCUUGUGUAUUAUUAAAUGAUUUAUCAAUAGUGUCAAAGGUGCAGUGGUUUAUGCGUGUGCGCUAUAAAGGAUAAUCGUAGAAUGAUCGUCAAAUUGUACAAAAAUCGAUCAAGUGAGAGUCAGACUCGCGACACUGGUUCCGGACAAAUAAGUUAAAUUGGUCACCCAUCCAUUUUAUGACCAUGUCAACCGUUGCUUGACCGAGAUGUUUUUUGUUAUUUGUUGUUAUAUCGCCAACAGAAAUACAUAUAUCAUCUCUAAAACUUUCAACUAUCUACCUAUGACGGUUCUUAAGUUACUGGUGACAGACUAUCCAGUCUCAGUAAUGUGAUCCCGUUUUACUCUUUCUACGUAUCUGAAUAUGCUCAGUACACCACAAAACGCCACACAAUUUUACUGCAUCCACGGGCCUCAUUUCCAAAAUUAUUUUUUUAACAGUAUUUUACCCGUCCGUUCUUAUAUAAGUUUCUCUAAAUGAUGACAGCCCUGUGAUAACGGGGUACAGGCAUGACAAUAUUAUUUCAACAAUUGCCUAUAAAACAACUGAUUCUUUUAUACUCAGAACAUUAUAUUUCAAAUACGCACACAAUUAACUUAUAAAUGUAUUCAAGCGGAAGAUUCUUGUAUAGUAUUGCAAAAUAAAUUAAACAUGCACAAAAUAAUUUCACUGAAUAUAUUCUUAACAUUUUCUGGGUUAAUUAUAAACGAUUGAGUAAAUGUUGCAUGUGCCUUGAAUUAAGACAUAUUUUUCUAUGAAUAUUUACGUGAAUUUUCACGUUUUAAUAACUCGGCUAUAAUUAACAUGUAACAUAGUGAACAAGCCAAUUUAUAGAAAAAGAAAAUACCUAGUAUUGUAAUUACUUAGAAUUUAGUUUUUUUUUAAGACUGGCAACUCACAUGUGCACUUUAAAAAUAAAAGAUAUUCAAAAAUAGAAAACUAUACAGCGCUAUUCAUAUAUUUUAUUCCCAUUUAAUGAUAAUAGAACCGUGCACUUAUGAUUUAAAAAAGUUAGACUUAGUGCCUAUGUGAGAAUUAGUCUAUGAAUCCCACGAUUUACCAAAUACGAAAGUACCUUAUAUAAGAUUUUAAUUCACGUUUAAGUUUAAAAGUGUCUCGUUAGCUAACGAUUACGUUUUCUUGAAAUUGAGUUAUAUAACUUAGAAUCAAUUAUAAUUGCAGCUUUUUAAUUUAAUGAUUUUCAAAUUCCAACGUUUUUAUGUGUCGAUAAGCUCGUUGUUGACUUGACACUUAAUUUUUAUUAAAAUUAUAAUUUAUAGUUUAAAAUAAUACGCCACGCAGUGGUAGAUGGCAACUAUAUUAGACAAAAAUAAUUAGCUUAUUAGAUUUCGUAGCACAAGUAAUAUAUAUUUUUUUCUUUGGUAAGGCAUAAUGUAGAAAAAAAUAUAGGAAUAUAAUAUGGUUUUAAUCUACCACUGUUUUAUCUUGUAUUGCCAAUGUUCUGUGUUCAAUUGACUUGUUUUUGUUGUAUAAAGGGUACCCAAAUCUUUUAGCCUUACAGUAAUGUUUCCAUGUAUAUUUUUUGUUGUAAUUGUUAUGUAAAAUAUAUCUGUGUUGCUAGGUUAAGUUCCUUUAAAUGUGAAAUGCUAAAUAUGCACAAUUAUGUUGUGAUUUCAUAAGUUGAGUCGAAAUAUAUGCCAUUUAAUUUUUAAAA